AGCGCCGGAAGUGGCGCGUCAAAGGAGUACCGCGAACUCAUCCGUCACAGCUGUUUGAGGUAAGGCAGUUUGGGCCUACCUCCUGUGCUGGCCGUGAUGGCGUAGACCUCAUGCCGGCUCACUUCUGCUUUUGAGUGACGUGCCUGAAUAACGCUCGGCCGGCGUUGCUCCUUCCUCGGGCUCCGGGGCUCUCGGAUCCCUCCGGCCCCCUUGGGCCGUGUUUGGCGGCGCUCACGUUCUUCUCCGCCCCACUUGGCGUCCGUUCACCUGUGCCCCUGACACCCGUCCCUAGCUUGGUCGCAACACAAGUAGAGCAACUAUUAGAGCGUGGGCACUGCCCAGCCCGUGGGCGGUCAGAGUAAUGAUGCGGGUGUGCUGGUUGGUGAGACAGGACAACCGGCACCAGCGAAUCAAACUUCCACAUUUGGAAGCAGUGGUGGUUGGGCGUGGCCCAGAGACCAAGAUCACUGAUAAGAAAUGUUCUCGACAGCAAGUGCAGUUGAAAGCAGAGUGUAACAAAGGAUAUGUCAAGGUAAAGCAGGUAGGGGUCAAUCCCAGCAGCAUUGACUCGGUCAUAAUUGGGAAGGACCAAGAGGUGAAGCUGCAGCCUGGCCAGGUUCUCCACAUUGUGAAUGAACUUUAUCCGUAUAUUGUAGAGUUUGAGGAAGAGGCAAAGAGCCCUGGCCCGGAAACACACAGGAAGAGAAAGAGGUCAGGCAACAGCGAUUCCUUAGAAAGGGAUGCUGCCCAGGAAGCUGAGCCCAGUACAGGACUGGUACCUGGGAGUGACCCUAGCCAACGCUUUGUGCCCCCAAACAAGGGGACAGAUGAGUCUACCAAAAAGGAAUCAUUGGGCCACUGGAGUCAAGGCUUGAAGAUUUCUAUGCAGGAUCCCAAAAUGCAGGUUUACAAAGAUGAGCAGGUGGUGGUGAUUAAGGAUAAAUACCCCAAGGCCCGUCACCACUGGCUGGUCUUACCAUGGGCCUCGAUUUCCAGUCUGAAGGCUGUGACCAGGGAACAUCUUGAGCUCCUCAAACAUAUGCAUGCUGUGGGGGAAAAGGUGAUUGCAGAUGCUGCUGGACCCAGCAAACUCCGCUUCCGACUGGGCUACCAUGCCAUUCCCAGCAUGAGCCAUGUACACCUUCAUGUGAUCAGCCAGGAUUUUGAUUCUCCGUGCCUUAAAAACAAAAAACAUUGGAAUUCUUUUAAUACAGAAUACUUCCUAGAAUCUCAAGCUGUGAUCAAGAUGAUACAAGAGGCUGGCAGAGUGACUGUCCGAGAUGGUAUGCCAGAGCUCUUGAAGCUGCCCCUGCGUUGUCAUGAGUGCCAGCAGCUGCUGCCUUCCAUUCCUCAGCUGAAAGAGCAUCUCAGGAAGCACUGGCCCAAGUGAUUGUGUGGAACCUGAACUUCUGCAGCAAGUAUGGUGAUUGUUUAGAGCAGACUCCUGGCACCUGUUCUGGAUUGCCUGUGAACUUUUACUUAUUUCUUAAAUUAAAAAUACAGGCUUUUUUUUUUUUAAAACAAAUUUUGUUCUAUUCUUGAGUGGCAAAAUGUGGGGUGACUCAAAAUAGGUCAGGAAUUAGGGAUUUGGGUUUGUCAUGGAUGUGUUCUCUGGUUGGGCGAGGGUGGCUGGGAUAGGCCUGACCACUAUCUCCAGGACCCACAUCAGCUCUAAUGGGAGCAAUGCAGGAUAUGGAAGUAGAGGGCAGAUAAUACCAGUAUGUUUCUGUUCCUUGUACUUAUCCUCCCUCCCGGAGGCACGAGAUGCCCUUUCUUCAGACCAGCUGGAGGGGUCUCUUGUAUAUCCUGAAGGCAUUGAUUGGUUUAGUUCUCUGAUCUUUUUUAAUUAAAAAUUUUUUUUCAA